CGCCGGCCUGACAGCACCGCCUUCGAUCAGCACUUCUUCCCCUCUCUUCCACCCCACCACACUGCGGUUCUUCUGAAUCAUCAACAACCCUUAUUAGACAGGCUCUAAGGGGACGCCAUUGCUAUUCGACACUAUCACAUCAUGCCUGCCUACCACUCAAUCUUCCUCGAGGACCGGGAUGUCCCCGUAAUAGGCAAUUUCCCCGUCCUCCCCCUCCGCACCCGCACUCGCGGCCCCGCAUACACCCUCCCUCCGCUACCGCCUAAUGCCGAUACCGAAGUGCCCCCCGACAGCGAGUCCUAUGACUGUGUUGACGAGAUCUUGUCGCUCUUCCGUGCCAAUGUCCUCUUCCGCAACUUCGAGAUCAAUGGUCCUGCGGACCGUAUGCUCAUCUAUGGAACGUUGUUCAUCACCGAGUGCUUGGGGAAGGUGAAGCCGACAAUGACCGCUCGCGAUGCGGAGAAGGCUUUGAUCAAUGUCGCGCUCGAUCACUUUGCUAUCCCUGGUGACGUGUCCUUCCCUCUGAACCAGGCCUUCGAGGCCCCGCGGGACCGUCAGGAUGCCGAAACGCUCAGAUCUUAUCUGUCUCAGGUGCGGCAGGAGAUUGCUAUCCGCCUGCAUGCUAGACUAUACCCCGGCGGUGUCGGUCCUUCAAAGUGGUGGCUCAGCUUCACCAAGAGAAAGUUUAUGGGAAAGAGCUUCUAGGAUAGAUCCAUUACUUUGAUGUGAAAUCCUCCGGACGGCUGCUGAAGUCCUGCCACAUUAAUUCUGUGUAUAUUCGAAUAUGAGCGUUGUGAAAGCGAAGAUUCACGAGGCUGACUAUAUUGGUCGAGUAAGCCUUAGUUCUUACUCUUGUUCGGACGCAACGCUAAGUGGUUCUUGUCACUCAAAUCCGUCAUAGGAAUUCCCGGGAUAUCUCUUGAAACCAGGCGUUAUUGUCAUUGAAUUCGCAUCAGGUUUGGC